AAGCUGUUAAAAAGUAAUAAAAACUUAUUUUGAUAUCAGAUUUACUGUGACAGAAAGAAAAACAAAGAUUAACAUACUUUGCAGAAGUAACAAUAAAAACACAAAUGGGAAUUGUCAAGGCAGUCCAUUCUUUAUGUCCAUACUGUUACAUGUUAUGAGCCAAUUAACUGAUAUAAUUCAGAUUUUUCAGAUUUUUGUUAUUGACUGUGUGGCUGACAUAAUCUAGCAUCAGGCCAGGCUUGUCUUCUAUGAACUGAUAACAUUCAAGGAGAAUUGAAAGUGUUAUGUAAGAACUUGACAUAAAAUUACCAAACAGUCCCUAAAUUCCUUGAGAAAAUUUUAAAAAUAAAUGCUUAUUAUGUUUUAAAAUUUGAGAAAUUUACCAUAUUUUAUUUAAUAAAAAUAUAGAGAGAUUCUGAAAGAGAUAUCUUUUCCAGUCUUGGCAAGGGGUACUUGACCAAGCAUCCUAUACACUCACUCUGUUUAAUAUAUAUAUUUGUUUGAUUUCUAGGACUGACUUUCAGAUUUCCACAAACAGAAGCCAUGUUAUUGUCAGACAGAAAUAAAAGCAUGGCCACAUUCACCCUUUUGGGCUUCUCAGAUUGCCCAGAACUGAUGGUUCCCCUGUUCUUGGUAUUUCUGGCCAUCUACAGUGUCACUGUUGUAGGGAAUCUUGGGAUGAUUGUAACCAUCAGAAUUAACGCCAUACUGCACACCCCCAUGUACUUUUUCCUCAGCCAUCUCUCAUUUGUGGAUUUCUGCUAUUCUUCCAUCGUUGCUCCCAAGAUGCUGGUGAACCUAGUUGUAGAAGACAGAACCAUUUCAUUUUUAGGAUGUGUAGUGCAAUUCUUUCUCUUUUGUACCUUUGUGGUGACUGAAUCCUUUCUAUUGGCUGUAAUGGCCUAUGACCGCUUUGUGGCCAUUUGCAACCCUCUGCUCUACACAGUUGCCAUGUCCCAGAGACGCUGCGCUAUGCUGGUGGUGGGCUCAUAUGCGUGGGGAAUAGCAUGUUCCUUGGUUCUGACAUGCUCUGCUUUGAAAUUAUCUUUUCAUGGUUUCAACACAAUCAAUCACUUCUUCUGUGAGUUCUCCUCACUUCUGUCUCUUUCUUGCUCUGAUACUUCUCUUAGUCAGUUGUUGCUUUUCAUCUUUGCCACUUUUAAUGAGGUGAGUACAUUACUCAUCAUUCUCACAUCUUACGUGUCCAUCAUUGUCACCAUCUUGAAAAUGCGUUCAGCCAGUGGUCGUCGUAAGGCGUUCUCUACCUGUGCCUCUCAUCUGACUGCCAUCACUAUCUUCCAUGGCACCAUCCUGUUCCUCUACUGUGUGCCCAACACCAAAAACUCCAGACAUACCAUCAAAGUAGCCUCUGUGUUUUACACAGUGGUGAUCCCCAUGUUGAAUCCGUUGAUCUACAGUUUGAGGAAUAAGGAUGUCAAGAAUAUAGUCAUCAAGAUAAUGGACACCAAAGUCUUUUCUCAUUGAGCAUACUAUUUUAAUAGAAUUUGUCCCUAACUUUUAAGUAAACUGUGCAUAAAAGACUGUCUUUAAACAUAUUUUUAAAUAUUAUUGGUAAUAUUGCACGAUAGUAAGGAUGUGGUUUGGUUCAAAGAAACCAAACUUGGUUUUGUCUGUUAAUUGAAAGAAAAGAGCAGCAAUCUCUCUCAUCUUUAGUUUUAAAUCUCUAAAACCGUGAUACCAUGAGCUAGCUCAUAAUCUGAUAGUCAAGACCAAAAGA